AUGGACCCUAUUUGUCAUAUUUUUCUUCUUCUUCUGGCCUUCCACAAGAUAAACCCAGCUGUUUUGUCCUGUGUCACAGGAUGCUCUUGUUCUCAAGACAGCUUUGGAAGGAGUUUGCUUUGCAUGUCUGCACUGCUGAGGCAGAUCCCUGCAAACAUCCCUCAGGACAUCCGGAAAAUUAGAAUAGAAAAUUCUCACCUAACAGAAUUGCCUCGGGGGUCUUUUGAGAACGUUAGUGCCUUGGAGUACCUCUGGCUCAAUUUUAACAACAUCACGGUGAUGCACAUUAAGAGUCUGGAAUAUCUGCCGGCUCUGAAGGAGCUGCGCUUGCAAGGGAACAAAUUAAGUUCAGUGCCAUGGACAGCAUUUCAAGACACCCCGGCUCUGAAAAUCCUGGAUCUGAAGCACAACCGGCUGGAUGUCCUUCCAGAACACGCGCUCCGCUAUCUGCCCAACCUGACCUAUUUAGAUCUAUCCUCAAAUCAGCUUACCGUCAUAUCCAGGGAUGUCUUCUAUAGCUGGCCUGUCUACCAGAGAAGCCAGAGGGUGGAGGGGCAGAUAGAAGCUAUUUCCAACGCUGUCCUGGCCCUUCAUGACAAUCCUUGGAUUUGUGACUGUCGCCUGCGGGGAUUUGUCCAGUUUAUCAAGUCGGUUGGCCCGCCUAUUAUUCUGAUGAAUUCCUAUUUAACUUGCUCAAGCCCAAAAUUCAGGGCAGGGAAGUUUUUUCAUGAAGUGGAGCUCAACAGCUGCAUGAAGCCCCUGACCUCAGCCCUUGACACCAACCUGACAGUCCCAGUAGGGCUGAACGUCACCCUGACCUGCUUUGUGCAAGCCAGCCCUUCCCCGGCUGUCUGGUGGACCUAUGCACUCAAACUUUUAAGGGCAUUUAAUGCCUUCAAUAGGACAAGUUGCUAUUUUCAUCAGAGGAUGGUCUGUGUGUCCGAAAUGGAGCCUGCACCUCAGUGGCUUGCCCUGGCCCGAGCACGGGAGACCUGGUACACCCUCCUGGUGGGCCGUUAUGAUGCCGCCCAGAAGGACACCAUCUACAUCGGCCCCGGUGUCAACACCUACUCGGUGACUGACCUGCUGCCGGCCACCAAGUACGAGGUCUGUGUGGCUGUGCGCAACCAGGCGCCCCGCAAGGGCCAGUGCGUCGUCUUUGUCACAGGCAGCGACAUCAGCCAGGUGGUGCUGUGGCUGUGGGGUGAUGUGGGGAUGACAGGGACACUCGGCCAGAACAGGGACAGCGGGACAAGUGGCCAGGGCAGAGAGGGUGGUGGAGACGGCAUUUGGGAGCUGAAGUUACAAAUUGCACAGAAAUGUGAAUGCCAAGGAGCUCUGAGGUUUGGCUGCAGGGACUGGGGUGGCCGGGCAGUUGCAGCACCAGUGACGGAGGGCCUGGAGCGGUGGGGAAGGAGGACAAGCAGCCGGGCAAGUUGGGAGAGAACCGUGUCCUGGGGAAACCCCUGGGGAGAUGGUGCGUGUGGGCUUGGGGACGAGCUGAUGCUGGUUGAGGAUGAGCACGGGGCCAUGUACAAGGCGGGGAAAGAACAAACCAGUGCCUGCAACGACUGGCCUUCUCCCACCCCAGCCAACAGGGAGGAACAACGGCGACUGUAG